UGUGCAGAACACAGCUGCUACGCCCGGGUGGGAUCUUGGAGCGAGGUGAAGGGCGGGAUGCCUGUGAAUUGGGUGGCCCAAGCCGGGGAGACGGGUACGCUCCGCCGGCAAACUUGCUUCAUAUUCGUCAUUGUGAUCUACGACUAUAAGGGGGGCAGAGUCUUGAAGUCCGCGUUGCUGAAGCGAAAGGGUGCCUGGUACAGAGUUUCACUGUCAGCCCAUCCCACACCCUCCCUAGCAAAUAGGGCUCGAAGGGUUUCAGAAUCUCAUCCUCUCCAGACCCAGGGAGGCCGGAGCAACUCCGGGGGCUACUUUGCUCCCCACCUCCACCCGCGCUCUUGUCGUUCAUCUGGUGGUGGCCCGCGCGCAUCCAGAAAGACAUCGGUCGCUAUGAGGUGGAGAAGCCACAGGCCUCCUCUUUCCCCGCGAGGAGCGCUGGCCGGACCUUCCCUGCAGUGGCGGGGCGCUGGCUCUGGUAACUUCUCCAGGAUUUUGAGGAAAGGCAUGGGUAAAGGGUCAAGGUUUGAGAUACCCCUCUGAAAACUUGGAAAUGGGAGAGAACGUGUAAUUUCAGUCGUCUUCCCACGUACUCCAGCUUACAAGGGAUUCCUUACUUUCCCCCCCCCCGUAAUUUCCACUUGCUGAGCUGAUUAAGAAACUCCAGUCUACCCCUACCACAGCACCCCCUUUGUAUGGUGCCCGAGGGCGUCCUUUCCCCCAAUUUAUUAUUGGAGAAUUGGAGCUGUUUCUUCUAGGGAAAUCCGAGGGAACGGCGUUGAGGAUUUCCUCUCUGUGAAGCCAGGCUCCUAGGGACCCUCAUGCUCCUAGGACAGGGGACAGUCAGUCGGGGGAACUAGCCGGCUCUCGCGGCAAGCCUGCAGUCGGGGUCCCCUACCAGGCCGUGUUAUUGUUUGUGCAGUAGCGGGUGCCCGGGAUAGGGUGGGGAGACAAACACCGACGUCAGGGAGCGCGGUCAGACGCACUGGGACUGGGAGGUGCCUCCGGGGCUCCGCUGCAGCCGCGGCGGUCCCACGGGAACGCAGGAGCCGGCGCCAGGAGCCACUAUUUAUCCACUUCUCCCUCUUGCUAUUUCUCAACAUUGGCCUCUGAGGGGGCAGCGACCCAUCUGCUGCCAGCCACAGUUCUAGGGGGCGGUGGGGCGAGGGCAGGGGAUUUUGAUGCUCAUCAGGACCCCCGAGCCUUCGUCUCCCGGUCUCCCCACCUCUCUACUGCCAACACCGCUCUCCCCCGUGCCCUCCCGACUCCCUUCCGGCUCGCUGGCGCGUCCUCACUAGUUCUCCCGGCGCCUUUCACCCUCUGCUGCGGCUUGUCGCAAUCGAUGUACAAAGGCCCGGGGGCGGGAGUCGGGGGCGGGCGAGGGGAGCCGGGCCCGAACUGGCUGUCUUCGUGGGGCCGCGGCCAAUCCGGAGAGCGCGCGACCGCCCGCCCGCGCGGGAGGACCCUGGGCAGCCGCCAGCCGUCAGCCGCCGGGCAAAGCCGCGGGCAGAGCGGGGAGCUGGCUGAGGGGACGGCCUUGCCGCCCGCCGCCUGCCAGGGGCCCUCCUGCCUCGCCAUGCCGCCUUGGGGCGCAGUCCUUGCGCUGCUCCUGGCAGUGUUCGCCAUGCUCAGGCUGCUCGGCCCGUGGCUCUGGCGCCCCUGGAAGCGCGCCGUCGGAGACGGGACCCGGCCGGGGGCGUCCGACCAGGACGACGACGAGGACUUGGAUGCCGGAGGCCCAGUAGAUCAGUUUAGCUACGGGCGAGAGCCGCUGCCCGGCGGGUGCAGCCUCAUCUGCAAGCCGUCGGCUCUGGCCCAGUGCCUGCUGCGCGCCCUGCGACGCUCCACGGCGCUGGAGCCCGGCCCGCGCUCCUGGCUGUACGGGCCCCACCUGCAGACCCUCUGCCACUUCGUCCUGCCGGUCGGGCCCGGUCCUGAGCUGGCCCGGGAGUACUUGCAGUUGACGGACGAUGGGCUAGUGGCCCUGGACUGGGUUGUGGGGCCUUGUGCCCGGAGCCGCCGGGUCACCAACGCUGGGGGCCUUCCAGCGGUGCUGCUGGUGAUCCCCAAUGCGUGGGGGCGCCUCACCCGCAACGUGCUGGGCCUCUGCUUGCUCGCCCUGGAGCGCGGCUACUACCCGGUCAUCUUCCACCGCCGAGGCCACCACGGCUGCCCACUCGUCAGCCCCCGCCUGCAGCCGUUUGGGGACCCGUCGGACCUCAAGGAAGCGGUCACUUACAUCCGCUUCCGACACCCGGCGGCCCCGCUGUUCGCGGUGAGCGAGGGCUCCGGCUCAGCGCUGCUGCUGUCCUACCUGGGCGAGUGCGGCUCCUCCAGCUACGUGACAGGGGCAGCCUGCAUCUCGCCGGUGCUACGCUGCCGCGAGUGGUUCGAGGACGGCCUGCCCUGGCCCUACGAGCGAGGCUUUCUGCUCCACCAGAAAAUCUCCCUCAGCAGGUAUGCCACAGCCCUGGAGGACACAGUGGAUACCACCAAGCUGUUCAGGAGCCGCUCCCUUCAAGAAUUUGAGGAGACCUUGUUCUGUCAUACCAAAAGUUUCCCCAUCAGCUGGGAUACCUACUGGGACCGCAACGACCCUCUUCGGGAUGUGGAUGAGGCGGCCGUGCCUGUGCUGUGUAUCUGCAGCGCUGAUGACCCUGUGUGCGGGCCCCCAGACCACACUCUGCCCACUGAACUCUUUCGCAGCAACCCCUAUUUCUUCCUCUUGCUCAGUCGUCACGGGGGCCACUGUGGCUUCCUGCGCCAGGAGCCCUUGCCAGCCUGGAGCCAUGAGGUCAUCCUGGAGUCCUUCCGGGCCUUGACUGAGUUCUUCCGGAUGGAAGAGAGGCUGAAAGGGCUGAGUAGGCGCAGAGCUGCAUUCCUAGGGGGCCGGCGUCGCUGGGCAACCCUGCAGAAGCGGGAGGUCUCUCCCUCUUCCCAUUUAGAGGAGAUUUUUAGCUGGAAGCGAUCAUAUACACGGUGAGACCUGGCCUGAGAAUAAGAGAGCAUGUAGGAGUCUAGAAAAGAUGGUGAGGACUAGACAGGGACAGCUGCAGCUCUUUGCUUCUGAUUUAGCCCCUUCCCUCAAACUGCUCCGUGCAAAGAGAUAGAAGUUCCAGCAAGCCGGCGCUCACCUCACCCCGAGCAGAACUGCCCAGCCACCGCUGGACACAUUUCUACUCAUCUUGGUCAGCAGCAGGGCAUUCCUGGUCACUGUCACCUGUCACCAACUCAGCCAAAGAAUAGCACCUUUUAAAUCCAUGGACUCAGGAGAAAAUGCUGUCUUUCUAGUUAUGACUACGAGGAUGAUUAACUUAUAUGUGUCAUUGGGCAGCUUUGUCCCACAUAAAUAAUUAGCUCAGUGACCCUGAUUCUGGAAGUGGAGCCACUUGAUGUAGUAAGACAGGACAGGAUGUUUGUGUCUGGGUCCCACUUCCCUCAUUUGCUUUGUGGGGAGGUGCUGUGCUCUGACUACUGCGGUGGCAGGCUGUCUGGGUUGCUCGGCCAUGUCAGGCUUGUGUGCGUGAGGAAGGAAGCAGAGGCAGUAGCUGUGCUGGGACUGCCUUGGUGAGGGCUGCCCGGGUAGAGAAUGUGAACCUACCUCUGGGAUACCUUAGUCCUGUCCCAGAGGAGCUCUGCAAGUCUCCACUGGAAAUGGGGCUGACCUAGGGUUUCAGCAUUGGAUCCUAAGCCUCCCUGGAGAGAUCCCAAGAGUAUUUUAGGAUAAGGAAAUGCUCUCACACAGGGUCUGAGGGUUCUGCUAGCCCAUGGCUCAUAGUCAGACUCUUGGGCACCCUAGAUGCUGUCUCCAGUACCAUUUCAUGGGAUUAUUCUGAAGAGCUCCCGCCAAAGCUGUUUUUCCUUCUGAGAUAUAGGCCUUCUCUACGUCAGUGAAAAGUACGAACCCAUCACUUACAUUUUUCUGGUUAGUUGCUACUUUUUCUGACACUACUACCGGCCUUUCUCUUUCCAGAGCCAGGAGAGACAUCUGGGACCAGAGGACAAAAGCGCAAAGAGGUUGACUAGAGCUGCCUUAGGGAUUUAUGAAUAUUUCACAUUACCACGCUUUGUCUGCUCAGUUAUUCAAAAGGCUAUCCAUGUAAAGGCAGAAAAGCUGCUUUCUGUAUCUGGUCACUCAGCAACUAAGUGGGAUUUGGUUUUAUGAGGAAUAAUGCUGAAGACCAUAGUAAAAUAAGGUAUAGUGUACAGAUUGAUCUACGUAUCCUGGUUUGGAUUAGGCCAUUAAAAUUUUCUUGACAAUAGGACAUCCGUUUCUAUGUGUUGCUAAGAUUCAAAAGCUUUGCCCUGCACCUGUGGCUCAGUCGGUAAGGCGCCGGCCCCAUAACCGAGGGUGGCAGGUUCAAACCCGGCCCCGGCUGAACUGCAACCAAAAAAUAGCUGGGCGUUGUGGCGGGCGCCUGUAGUCCCAGCUACUCGGGAGGCUGAGGCAAGAGAAUUGCUUAAGCCUAGGAGUUGGAGGGUGCUGUGAGCUAUGUGAUGCCAUGGCACUCUACCAAGGGCCAUAUAGGGAGACUCUGUCUCUACAAAAAAAAAGAAAAAAAAAAAAAAAGCUUUGCCCUGGGUGGUGCCUGUGGCUCAAGGAGUAGGGCACUGGCCCCAUAUACCUGGGGUGGUGGGUUCAAGCCCAGCCCCGGCCAAAACUGCAAAAAAAAAAAAAAAAAGAGAGAGAGAAAGAGACAAAAUCUUUGCCCUGAAGUUUUAUUUUGAUUUGUUAUUGAGAAAGAGGGCACCUAUUUUGACCUCACAAACAGCAGUUGUAAAUGUUUAUACUAAAAACCACAUCCCAACGUUUGAGAUGAGGUAUGAGGUGUUCCUAGAUCCAUGAUUUCAGGUUUGGAUAAUCUUGGCCCAGCCCUGUUCUUCUAGAUCUAAUAAGAAACUCUGAACUCACUCCAAGAAUCUAAACUGAAAUAUAGACAACAUUUGAUUAUUUAAGGAACAUUUUCCUGUUGUGCAAAAAUUAUCUCCCUCCUUCUCCACUCCGUAUUCCUCUUCCUCCCAUCUAACAUUCAAAAAGCAGGAGAAAUAAAAAGAAACUGAAAUAUAAAGAAGCUGUCCUUCUGUUGGUGGCAUAAGACUGGGUGAGGGAGAAUUACUGACACAUCUGACCACCCUCCUCCGAGUCCCUCACAUCUGUUGCAGUGGGGAUUUCAGUAAAUUAGGGUCCUGCAGUCCCAAUUGCCCUAGGAUCAUUCAGUACUGAAUGCAAAAUGAGAAGCAGACCAGU